AUGACAGCGUCAGUUGCAGAUAUAUUUGAAGACUAUGUUGAAAGUCUCCAAAAUCUACCUUCAGAAAUCGAUCAAAACAUGCAUGAACUGAGAAGCAUGGAUGAAGAAUUUCAACGGUUCAAAGACAUUUACAGCAAGCACAGAAGGACUUACGCAAAACUAUACAAAACAUUGAACAACAACAGUGGUAAUACAGCUACCGAAAAUACUACAGCAAGGCAACAGAUAGAGAAAGAUUAUUGCUUAGCAGUACAAAAACAGGACCAGAAGAUUGAAUUGACGAAAAGAAUGUAUGAAUUAGUAAAUAAGCAUAUAGAGCGAAUAGAUUCACAGAUGACGAGAAGUGAUUUGGGAGAUAUAGAAUGGAUUCGAAGCUCUCCUCCAAAAAAUAGUAGAACAAACAUUAGUAGUGCUGUCAUUUUAUCUUAUAUUGUGAUUAAUAGAACGCAUCAUUCUUUUCGACCGAAUCCGACAUUGAAUUCCCAAUUUUUGUCUGAGAUGGAUAGUGAUCCUUACGAACCGAAAUAUUGUUAUUGUAACCAAGUAUCCUACGGAGAUAUGGUUGCUUGCGAUGGAGAGAAUUGCGAGAAAGAGUGGUUUCAUUAUGCUUGUGUAGGCUUAACAGAGCCCCCUAUCGGUAAAUGGUAUUGUGAAUAUUGCAGUAAACAAGAUAGAUAUAAGAAGAAGAUAAAGAAAGAACAUACCAUUUCAUAUUAG